AACAACAAAACGACAUAAAUCUUUACAAAUGGUUUCGAUUGGAGAACAAGAACAAGUUUCAACAACUGUUCCACAAGAAAUCAAUAAUGUUACUCAAGAAAUUGAAAUAAUACCACUUAAUAAAACCGAAGAAAGUAUUCAACAACCAAAAGCUCCUCGUACAAUUGAAGCAGGUGUUCAAACAACUCCAAGUCUUAAUACUUCAUCACGUCGUUUUUGUUCAACCAAUUCAGGUUUCUUGUUUUCCGGAGUAGUUGGUUUAGAUUGA